GGAGUGUUUGAGCUGUGGGCGUCCCUUUAAGAGUCGCCGGCCAGGCAGGGCCUCCGCCUCUCAGCCCGCGGACAGCCCGCGGUCACCUGGGGCUCACGGGGCGGCCGCUCGCGGCGGGGUCGGCGGUAGUGCGGGCGUGAAGGUGGGAGGGGGCGCCUGGACGCGCGGCGCCGCGGAGCCCUCCCGGAGCGGGGCCGGCCCGCGCCUCUCCGCGGCGGAGGAUGCGGGAGCGCAUCUGGGCGCCGCUGCUGCUGCUGCUGCUGCCGCCGCCGCCGCUGUGGGGCGGCCCCCCGGACCCUCCGCGCCGGGAGCCGGAGCCCGCCGAGCCCGGGCCUCUGCAGCCCUUCGACCUGCUCUACGCCAGCGGCGUGGCCGCCUACUACGGCGGGGACUACGAGCGAGCGGCGCGAGACCUGGAAGCGGCGCUGCGCAGCCACCGGCGGCUGCGGGACGUCCGCACGCGCUGCGCCCGCCACUGUGCCGCGCGCCGGCCGCUCGCGCCCCCCGGCGCCGGCCCCGCGGCCGAGCUGCCCUUUUUCCGCGCCCUGUUGGAGCGGGCGCGCUGUUACCGCAGCUGUGAGACCCAGCGCCUCGGGGGCCCAGCGUCCCGCCACCGCGUCAGCGAGGACGUGCGCAGCGACUUCCAGCGCAGGGUGCCCUACAACUACCUGCAGCGGGCCUACAUCAAGCUUAACCAGAUGGAGAAAGCAGUGGAAGCAGCUCACACAUUUUUCAUGGCCAACCCUGAGCACAUGGAAAUGCAGCAGAACAUUGAGAAUUACAGGACGAUGGCUGACGUGUUCCAACUGGUAGAUCGAGAAGCCAAACCACACCUGGAGAGUUACAAUGCAGGAAUUAAACAUUAUGAGGCUGAUGACUUCAAAGUAGCCAUCAAGUAUUUUGAACAAGCUUUAAGAGAAUAUUUCAAUGAAGAUAUGGAAUGCCGAAUCCUAUGUGAGGGGCCUCAGAGAUUUGAAGAGUAUGAAUAUUUAGGGUAUAAAGCUGGUCUGUAUGAAGCCAUUGCAGAUCACUACAUGCAGGUCCUGGUCUGUCAGCAUGAAUGCGUGCGGGAGCUCGCCACCCGCCCUGGCCGCCUCUCGCCCAUAGAGAACUUCCUUCCUCUGCACUAUGAUUACCUGCAGUUUGCCUACUACCGAGUUGGUGAGUAUGUGAAAGCUUUGGAGUGUGCCAAAGCCUAUCUCCUGUGCCACCCUGAUGAUGAAGCUGUCUUAGACAAUGUGGAGUUCUAUGAGAGUCUGCUGGAUGACAGUGUUGACCCAGCGUCCAUUGAGGCCAGAGAGGAUUUGGCAAUGUUUGUGAAACGUCACCAACUGGAAUCUGAACUGUUAAAAUCAGCUGCAGAAGGCCUGGGAUUUUCAUACACUGAACCGAAUUAUUGGAUCAGAUAUGAAGGACGGCAGGAUGAGAAUCGGGUCCCUUCAGGAGUGAACGUGGAGGGGGCAGAAGUUCAUGGAUUGUCAAUGGGAAAAAAGUUAUCACCCAAGAUAGAUGGAGACCUAAGAGAGGGUGGUCCACUGCUCUAUGACAACGUCACAUUUGUCUACAACUCGGAGCAGCUGAAUGGGACUCAGCGGGUUCUCCUGGACAAUGUCCUGUCAGAGGAGCAGUGCCGGGAGCUCCACAGUGUGGCCAGUGGAAUCAUGCUUGUUGGAGAUGGAUACAGAGGGAAAACGUCCCCCCAUACACCCAAUGAAAAGUUUGAAGGUGCAACUGUCCUGAAGGCACUCAAAUUUGGUUAUGAAGGCCGGGUUCCACUGAAGAGUGCCCGUCUGUUUUACGACAUCAGUGAGAAGGCGCGAAAAAUCGUAGAAUCCUAUUUUAUGCUGAACUCAACACUGUAUUUUUCCUAUACGCACAUGGUCUGCCGAACAGCCCUGUCUGGUCAACAGGAUAGAAGAAAUGACCUCAGUCAUCCGAUCCAUGCUGACAAUUGCCUGCUGGACCCAGAGGCCAAUGAAUGCUGGAAAGAACCUCCUGCUUAUACAUUUCGAGACUAUAGUGCUCUCCUGUACAUGAAUGAUGAUUUUGAAGGAGGAGAAUUCAUAUUCACUGAGAUGGAUGCUAAGACCGUGACUGCCUCCAUAAAACCAAAGUGUGGGCGUAUGAUCAGCUUCUCUUCUGGAGGAGAGAACCCUCAUGGGGUGAAGGCCGUCACCAAAGGCCAGAGGUGUGCUGUGGCGCUGUGGUUUACCUUGGACCCACUUUAUAGAGAACUGGAGCGGAUACAGGCCGAUGAAGUUAUUGCGAUCCUGGACCGAGAACAGCAAGGGAAGCACGAAGUGACUAUCAACCCUAAAGAUGAGCUAUAGAAAUGAGAAAGAAUGUUCUAUCAGAUAUUUAUUUAAAUUGUUAAUCUUAUGAGAACCUUUUUAUUUUUGUACAGAGCUGUGGUAUAAGUUAACAGGUUAAUACGAGUCAUCAGAUCUCCCUUCUGUUCCUAAGGACACUUGCUGUGCCUCACUUAGUCUGUCUGGGACUUUUCUCCCCAUCUUUUCAGAGAUGGGAUCUUGCUGUGCUGCCCAGGCUGGAGAGCAGUAGCUGUCACAGGCACAAUUGUAGCUCGCUACAGCCUCAAACUCCUGGGCUUGAGUGAUCCUGCACCUGUGCCUCCCGAGUGACUGGGACCAGAGGCAUGUGCCAUGCCUUCUUCUGUGGUUUUUCAUCAGUUUAUCUGUCAAAACCCAGUCACCCCCACCAAAAAAAAAAAAAAAAAAAACCCACAGCAACACACACACACAUACUUAAUUUACUGCAGUUCCAAAAACUCAGAGAGAAUAAGCUCGUUUGGGGUGAAACUAUAGCUCUUAUGUGACUACAGCUCUUAUGACUCCCCCCUUUCUGGUUCGCGUGUGAUUUGGUCUGAGAAGGCCUCUCUGGCUCUUUACCUUUGGUUCCUAUCUGCUCAUGGCGCUGAGAACCGUGAGCUCUGACUCUCCGAGUCCGCUCAGCUGUGGGUCUGAGGAGCCCUUGCCAGAGCACUGCUUCAAGUAUCAUGGGCAUAAAUAUGCUUCAGGCUCUAGGGAAAAAUAUUCCUUGGAUAAUAAUUACAUAAGACAGAGGGGCCUUCGGUCUUUCCGGGGCCUUGGUGGAGUUUCUGGGUCUGGUAUUUUCACCAGAGAAUUAACUUAUAGUGGAAGCUUUGACUUCCCCUCCACGGUGCUCCAGAGAAGACUGUUCUGUGAGCAGCAUAGUUUUAAAGGUCAUAUAGGUGGGGAAGUGGAGUGACUCUUCACCUCAGUGACUUUGCAAGAAAAUCUUUAAUACUACCAGGGUCAGAGCACCAUCGCCAGGUUUCCUGUGAGUGACGUCUACUAGUCAAAAGAGGUGUUCUGUAUUUAAGUAAAAAAAACAAAUCUCUAGUUGAUUUCUUUCUCUGCAUCUGUUUCCUGGCCCUCCCCGUUGCUGCUGUCCAGCACACAGGUCCGUGCUCAUGUCUGAUUUGUUGAAUAAAAGGGAGCCUUAUUUUAAAAUA